GAUGGAUUUUCUGGAUUUCCCCUUAAGCCCUCGACGCCGAAUCCCUUGCCCUUGCCUGUGCCCUAGCUCCCCACACGGCGCCGAGCUUCUUCUUCCCCGUCGAUCUCUCCCUCUCACGAUUCACCUCCUUCACCGGGCUCUCCCUCCUUCGCUCUCCCUCGCAUGAGCACCACACAGCCGGCCUCUCCUCUUCACAUCGGCACCAGAGACGUCGCACCACUGCCGGUCGCGACGAGCCCCACCGUCGGCCUCUCCUCCUCACGCGAGCAACACAGCCGGCGAUCCUUCUUCCUCGAGCGAGCACCCCAGUUGUCGAAUCCUUUUUCUCUCGAGCCCUGCCGCCAAUAUAGCCGUGCCCUAAUUGAUCCAACAAGCGUAAUCUCUUCUAUAGGUAACAGGUAGAUGAUUGAGAAGUUGCUUGGAGAGUUUCGGCUGCCAGUCCCACGUCACACUCGAGGACAAUUACUUUUCGAUCUUAUUUCUAUGUGGUAGUAUAGUGAUUUUGCACAUUUUGUUUUCCAAUAAGUCGAUGUGGAUUUUGGAGUCUAGUGUGGUGGUUGCAAGUAUGUUUAGUUAGUGACUUUGUUGGUUUUACAUUCGUAUUAUUUUAUGAUUUUCCGCUGUGUUUAUUUUCAGUCGUGUGAGCUGUUAUUAUAUUGUGUGGUUGUCUGUUUACUUUUAGCCGUGUGGGCUUAUUAUACUGCGUGGUUGUUUUAUUAAUUUAUGUCCAGUCGGGUAGGCUGUGUUAUAUAAACUACGUGGUUAUGUAUGUUCCAGUUGUGUGGGUUGAUAAAUAUGUUAUAUGUUGUUUGUAUAUAUAUAUUGCUUUAUAUUGUCACUGGUACAGGGGAGAUGUUGUCGAAAUUUUGUCGGUGGAGACUGCUCUGGGGGCAUGACAAUUUUUUGGUAUCAGAGCCGGUAUACGAUGUCCGUUGUUUUUUUAGUGUUCUGGAUUUUUGAGUUAAUCUAAUACUAAUUUUUGGUAUCAGAGCAUGGUUCGAGUCAAAUGCUAGGUUUUGUGUCUUUGGGGAUUUUGAUCUUAUUUAGAUUUAUGAUUUUCGGUGUUCCGAUUGUUUUGUUUUUCCUUUGUAAGUUGAUCCCUCAAUGUGACUCUCGAUUUUUGGGACCAGGCAGCGACGGGAUAUCUCCGAGCUAUAGGAUGUAAGUUGUCUACUGUUAAAUCAUUUUCCUAAUGACACUCUUAUACUUAUUACUAACAGGAAUGACACGAAGAGGGUCGACUGCUAUGCAUUACCGUGGACAAGGUCGACCACGAAAACAACCCACGACGUCGAUGGGUCCAGAACCUGUUGCCCAAGGGAUGGAGUUUACAGGAAACCCGAAUGAGGUUGAUUCAGGUAGCAGUGAUCGAAAUCCUCCAACCUCUACUAGGGAGCAUGAGUUACGGAUGCUGGGAGUACCAUCUUCUAUAGCUGCUCCAGACACUACUGGUUGGGUGAUGGAUAGAUCCCAAAUACCCAUGUUGGCGAAGUCUAUAAAAGACUGAACUACUCUAUUCCAUGGGGUGUUGAUCCUUGGGCGGCUCGUAGCUGGUUGAAGAACUUGGAGGGCACAUUUGGGUACAUGAAGUGUACAGAUGAAGAGAAGGUGGAGUUAGCCGCAUAUCAUCUUUGGGAUCAGGCCGUCACUUGGUGGAACAUGCAGAAGAUGAUCUUUGGGGAACAACACGUCACGUGGCCGAUGUAUCGAGAGGCAUUUGAGAGACAAUAUUUUUUGAUUACAUUUUGUCUAGCUCGUCAUCUGGAGUUUUUGAACCUCAAGCAGGGCGACUAUUCUGUGAUGGAGUAUAAUGCAGAAUUCAGUAGAUUGGCUGAGUUUUGUCCUCAUCUGGUGGCUCAGGAUUAUGAUCGGAUGCAUCAGUUUACUCAGGGACUUGCGGCAUACAUAAAACUCAAGAUGUCAGGAUUUCCAAGUAGUUCUUAUCGAGAGGUUUUAGAUCGGGCGUUAUUCAUUGAGAUGACUCAGCAACAGGUGAAUCUGGAAAAAACUAAUAAUAAACAAGUGACACAGAAGAAGGAGAAAAGAGGCCAGAGCUCACAGGUUACCUCUGGAGGGUCCUCUCCACCUCAGAAGACAAGGCGAACCUCGGAUGGGGGUUCUUGUUCUUCUCAACGAGACCGGAAGAAUGACUUUGGAGGGAUCAUGUGUUUUCAGUAUGGCUCCAAAAGUCAUACUAAAAACGAUUACCCGUUGGAUCACGCUAUAUGCUUCUAUUGUAAGCUUUCAGGGCACGAGAGUCGGAAUUGCACUACGAAGGCUCAAUUGGAGACGACUAAAGAUACCACUCAGGGAGGGCGAUCCACCCAGCCAUGUCAGCAGAAAGGACCUCAGAGGACUCAGAACACUUCAUAUCAGCCGCAACUGCCGGGGCCCCAGGGAAAGGUAUAUCAUAUCCAGAGUUCGGAGUAUCCAGUGAUGUCAGCGACCACGCAGUACUCUACUACAGCGUCUCCUUAUCAGACAUGUCCUGUACAGCAGGGCCCUUCCUUUCCAUCUCAGCCUUAUCUAGUAUUCCAACCGCAACCUCAGCCUCAGUACCACCAGCAGUUAAUUGUCGCACCUCCAAUUCCACCUCAGACUGUUCCAGUGAUGCCACCAUCGAGCUCAGAAGUGGGGCAUGCUUAUGCAACCAUACGAGAAGAGGCACAACAGGCCGAGGGAUCAGUCUUCCAGGGUAACAGGUAGAUGAUUGAGAAGUUGCUUGGAGAGUCCCGGCUGCCAGUCCCAUGUCACACUCGAGGACAGUUACUUUUCGAUCUUAUUUCUAUGUGGUAGUAUAGUGAUUUUGCGCAUUUUGUUUUCCAAUAAGUCGAUGUGGAUUUUGUAGUCUAGUGUGGUGGUUGUAAGUAUGUUUAGUUAGUGACUUUGUUGGUUUUACAUUCGUAUUAUUUUAUGAUUUUCCACUGCGUUUACUUUCAGCCGUGUGGGCUGUUAUUAUAUUAUGUGGUUGUGUGUUUACUUUUA